AUGUUUGCGGAACGAUAUAUACAGUUUUGUCGGCAAGGUUUCGCUAACCACUUCAUAUUUUGGUGGCGUUGGUUCGAUUGCGUGCUCAUCGGCAUCUUCUGUCUCGCGUUGCAUUUGUGGCUCACUGGCGUUCUUAUGCCUAUGGAAUCUGAUCUGCAAGAACUCAACAGAAUUCAUUGGCCGGCUUGGGACUAUUUUGUUAUUUACGAUAUCUACAUUUGCACUGGCUGCAUAUUGGGCAUUUGGAGAAUUUUCUACUUUUUUCAGUUGAUUAAAGGAAUCGGAGGGAGUGUGAUAUCAGUCGGCUGUUGCAUCGGUGCUAUUUAUAAUUACCUAGUUGUAAUGGGCGUUAUAGUAAUAUCUUUUGCUGUUGGGAUAAACAUGAUCGUACAACCUUAUUUGCACAGUGUCGUUUACAAACCAGAUAAUACCAAAAUGUCUAUGGGUGAUGAAUUUCGCAGUAUUUUCCAAACUACACGUAGACUAUACUGGGCCAUAUAUGGAUUCCUCGAUCCAUCCGCUUAUACGGUAAUUAAUGGAAAUGCUGGUCCUGAGCUCACACCUGUCGAACAUUAUGUAACAGCUUUUGCUACCGAGGUAAAUCAUCAUCUUGACGUAGUGGUAAAUCACUUUAACGCUCAAGAAUGA